ACUGGACGAUACUCUCAUAAAAACAUAAUUAAUAUUUUUGGCGUGUAGAAUGGAAACAGGUUAUAGAUAGAUAGGUAUUUGUCAGUUGCGGUCACUUUAGCCCUUUAGCUUUUGUCAUUCAUUGUGUUGAUUCUGUAAGCGCCGGACACAUGCAAAACAAAAAAAAAACCACUAAGCAUAAAAAAGUGCAUAAGUACAGGAAAAGGAUCGAAAGGACCGUACAGUUUUAAAAAUAUUCAAUAAUGCCCGAAGCCCAGAACUCCGUAGUUUUCGGUACAAACGAGAAAUGGCGGAUCAACCGAAAUAUUUUUAUCUUAGGUUUAGCUUUCAUGAUACAGUUCACGGCCUUUCAUGGAACUGCAAAUCUUCAGAGCUCAGUCAAUAGUGAUGAUGGAGCUGGAACAUUUACUUUGGCUGCAAUUUAUUUCUCUUUAAUAUUGUCUAAUAUUUUUUUACCUGCCAUUAUUAUAAAAUGGCUUGGCUGCAAAUGGGCUGUGGCUGUGUCAUUCAUUGCAUACAUGCCGUUCAUCGCAUCUCAAUUCUACCCUCGGCUAUACACGCUCGUACCAGCUGGAAUGAUGGUUGGAUUUGGUGGAGGACCGCUUUGGUGUGCUAAGUGUACUUAUUUAUCUGUGGUAGCCGAACCUUAUUCACAAUUAUCAGGAGUACCAGCAGACGUGUUAGUGGUUAGAUUCUUCGGUCUCUUCUUCAUGUUCUAUCAAAUGGCUCAGAUUUGGGGAAAUCUCGUCUCUUCAGCCAUUCUCUCUUCAUCUCUUGGCGAAGAACAGAUGCCAGCCAAUGAGACUCUGGCUCCGACGGCAUCAGCUCUGGUCAACUUCACAGUUCCCAAGGUGGACUUUGGUGCUACGUGUGGAGUUAACUUUUGUAGCAGCAGCGCAUCACAUGAAAACAUCAACUUGGAACCACCUUCUGCUACCAAAAUUCACGUGAUAGCCGGCGUCUAUCUCGCUUGCAUGGCAACUGCCUGCGUCUUGGUUGCGGUUGGUGUCGAUUCUCUUUCCAGAUACGCAUCAGCUCGCAAGGCAGCUCACCAAGGCAAGUCAGGCUUCGGUCUCCUGGCAGUGACCCUGCGACAGCUGAGGCAAAAGUACCAGCUCCUCCUGCUGCCAGUCAUCGGGUAUAUUGGCGCAGAGCAGGCGUUCAUGGCAGCUGAUUUUACUCAAGCGUUUGUAGGUUGCGCAUACGGCAUCAGCAACAUCGGUUUCGUGAUGAUCUGUUUUGGAGUGUUCAAUGCUCUAGCAGCUCCUAUUGCUGGGGCUGUGGUUAAACUAACUGGGAGGUACCCGGUCAUGAUCACUGCUUUGAUUCUGAACCUGUGUUUAUUAACGUGUCUACUGCUGUGGCGACCAAGUCCUGAUCAGUGGUUGGUGUAUUACUCACUGGCAGCAGUUUGGGGCACAGCUGAUGCCGUUUGGCUUGUUCAAGUUAACGCCCUGUCAGGUAUCCUGUUUCCCGGUAAUGAAGAAGCAGCGUAUUCCAACUUCAGGCUAUGGGAAGCAACUGGUAGCGUCUUCGCAUACGCAACUGCCCCCUACCUUUGUGUUAGAACGAGGAUCUACAUUCUUCUGGGCCUUCUCUUAGUGGGUUUCACUGGUUACACCACUAUAGAGCUGAUGGAAUACAAAGUGAAGAGAUGUCAUUUUCGAGAGAGGACGUUCGAGCUUGUUAAGGAAAAGGAAAACGAUUAACUAUGAACCUAUGGUUAUUUAAAAGGCGAAAUUACUGCCCAAAACACUUUAAAUUUGCAUUUGAACUUUUAAAUGUUUAAAUUAAUAGGAAAUACUCAACGCUGAAAUAAGUCAUCUGAAAAAAAUAGGAUAAAAAAACGAAAAAUAAUAUAAAUUUAUUCUUUUCAUACAUAUACAAAAACAGUUUACGAAAAUAACGGAAAGA